AGAGUAGCUUUGCUGUUCAAGUCUUUUCAGCCUUCAGUUCAGUUCAGAGAAUGCUUUAACUCAAAAGCGCUCUUCAAUUUUCAAAAUGUAUUUUUAAUUUUAAUACAUACUCUCUCUCUCUCUCUCUCUCUUCUGUCAUCUUCUCCCUUUUUCUCCCCUCUGAUGUACAUUGCGAUUUACAUCUCAGAAACCCUAGAUUUCGAAAUCUAGGGUGUGUUCUGUCUUGUCUUUUCUUUUCUUUUUCUACUAGUCCUGUAAUAGUGUAGGAACAGCUUCACCUAUUCGCACUACACAUUUCGCGAAUUUAAAUCUGCAUUUAUAUUGAGCUCAGAGCUCAAGAUUUGGUUUCUUCUUCUAGAAUUCGAAACAGAUCUUUGAUAUAUUCCCCCAAGGUUUCUUGAAUUUUACAAUGGUCUUAACAAAAACCCCAGCUUGAAGAAUCUUGGGUUCUAUUUCAAAACCCUAAAAGUUUCCGACUUUGAAUCCUCAAAACCAUCUAUCGGUAGAAAUUUAAAUGCAUGGAAGGAGGUCGAGAAGCUAUGCCAUUCCCUCCUCCUUUCUACUUCCCGAGAGGACCUUUUUCCUCCCAAUCCGCGAGUGCCAUCCACGCGCCGCCGGGUUUCAGGCCAAUGUCUAACCCUAAUCUCCAGCAACAGCAGCAGCAUCAGUUUCCCUUAGGCGAGCAGAGACACCAUCAAGACUUCAGCCAUGGGAUUCAUAUGGGUAUGGCUGCUUCUUCUUCUUCGUCUCCGGCUAUGCAACAACCGCCGCCGAUUCCUACCCCUCCUCCUCAUCCCUCAGCUGCGGAGGAGCCGAUGCUGGUUAAGAAGAAGCGAGGACGGCCGAGGAAGUAUGUUGCUGAUAAUAAUGAAGGGUGUGAUCUUGAACUCUCUCCGAUGCAGUCUUUGCAAAAGCCUAACAUCUCUUCUCCAGUCUCUGAUCCUACCGCUCCUAAACGAGCUAGAGGUCGACCUCCUGGCACUGGGAGAAAGCAGCGUCUCGCUAAUCUCGGUGAGUGGAUGAACACUUCAGCUGGAUUUGCUUUCGCGACCCACGUGAUCAGUGUUGAAGCCGGAGAGGACAUUGUCUCAAAAGUUCUUUCGUUUUCACAACAGAGGCCAAGAGCCCUUUGUAUUAUGUCGGGAACCGGAACGGCUUCUGCAUUUACGCUUCGUCAAACCGGAUCAUCAGCUCCUACUCUGUCUUUUCAGGGGCAUUUUGAUAUACUAAGUGUGCAAGGAUGUUACUUGGUGAAUGAAGAAGGUGGGUCUAAAUCUAGAACUGGAGGUAUUAGUGUGUCCCUCUCCCGCCACGAUGGUUUUCUGAUUGGUGGCACCGUUGGCACGCUUAUUGCAGCCAGUCUCGUUCAGGUGGUGGCGUGUAGUUUUGUAUACGGAAGUGCAAAGGCUAAAGUAAUCAAGCAAGAAAGCGGGUCAAAGGAAGACAACACCACCAAAAAGGAAAACAGCAUGGAGACGCCGGCCAGUGAACAGCGGUCGCCACGAGCAACAGAAUCAGCAGCAGAGGCGGCUCAGACGCCAUUGGACUACUCUUCUCCAGGAUGGGCAGGACCUGGUGGUGGUGGCAGCAGAACAACUGACUCAAGAAACAAUAACCACCUCACUGAUAUUGACUUGACACGAGGAUGAUUCAGUCAGUCUUGUUCUUUCUACUACUUAUUAGAACAUUGCAGCAUCAUACAGAUAUCGUUUGGUGCUGUAUAUAAACUGUUGUUGUAGAUUUCUUCUUCUUAGUUUUGCAUUUUCUUGGGAGUAAGAUGUUACCAGAGAGACUUCAGGAUUUGAAUUUUUUUUUCUUCCUUUUUUUAUCUUAACAUUUGAUCUGUUGUAUUGUAACAUAAUUCAUUUUCUACUUUCUAAGGAAUUUAUUUAUAUAAAUUGUUGGCUACA